UACAAUACCCAUCGUCGGCGACGUGGAAGAGACGAAAACUAAAAUUAGAACAAUAAAGUGUCAAAUAUUGGAAAAAUGGCAAUAAACACCAUAUUAAGCAGAUGGCGAUUAAAAAAGUAUUAGUGUAAAUGUCCAGGAAAUAAUAGAUUAGCAACAAGCUAAGAAAACAAAAUAUAAAAAAAUUACUUGUGCUGAAGUUCUGCAGGUGCCGCUUGAUACCACAAAGUGUUUUGCCAAUGAAAAGUUGGUGGUGAUAAGAUUUCAAACAAAACCAGGACAGAGAAAAAUAGGGACGACGCCGUGGAUAAAUUGCAAUUAUGUAAUUCGGUUGAGGCGAUGGACACCUAAAUUUUUACCUCUCGGUGGUUAUAACUUAAGCGUUUUUUAUACAUUUUUCAAGGCAUACAUACAUACAUAUGGAUAUAUCUAUUUUAAUUGUACCAAAGCAUUAGCAGACAUGGAUUCUUUAUUAUUUUUAACGGCUGCGGCGCACCUCUUCUACGCGCCAUUCACCAAAGUAGAGGAGAGCUUUAAUUUACAAGCAAUGCAUGACAUACUCUAUUUACGGCAAAAUUUUUCCCAGUACGACCAUAACGACUUCCCCGGCGUGGUGCCACGCACUUUCCUCGGCCCACUUGUUAUAGCGAUAUUGUCCUCACCUUUUAUUAUACUUUUUGAAGCACUGCAAGUGAAUAAGUUCUGGGCGCAAUAUGUAGUGCGUUUAGUUUUAGCCGCUGUAGUAACAGCAUCCUGGCACAACUUUCGCCGUGUGAUAACCAAGCAGCUAGGUACUGAAGUGCGGCUAUGGUUUACUAUAAUAACAUUGACGCAAUUUCAUUUCAUAUUUUACAUGAGUCGUCCAUUGCCGAAUAUCUUGGCUUUGCCUGUUGUGCUCUAUGCUUUGGCAUAUUGGUUACAAGGUCAAACGAAACAGUUCAUUAUUAGUUCUGGUAUUGCAAUACUAGUAUUUCGUUCAGAACUGUUACUAUUCUUGGGGCUUCUGCUGGCGUAUGACGUAUUGUUCCGCAAGGUUUCACGUAUAAAAAUAGCAUUACCCGCAGGUUUAGCUAUUUUGGCCGUCACAAUCACUUUGGAUUCAUUUUUCUGGCGUCGCCUCUUAUGGCCCGAAGGAGAAGUACUUUGGUACAACACAAUACUUAACAAAAGCUCCAAUUGGGGUACAUCUCCCUUUUUAUGGUAUUUCUAUUCAGCCCUGCCGCGAGCGUUGGGUGCCUCAAUUGUUCUAGUUCCCUUUGGAGUUUAUUUGGAACCACGCACACGCCCAUUGGUGAUUGGCUUGGCGUUUGUCCUUAUUUAUUCAUUGUUGCCACAUAAAGAGUUGCGUUUUAUUGUUUACGUAUUUCCAGUGCUCAAUUUGGCCGCCGCAUGCGCGUGUAGUCGAUUCUGGCUCAAUAGCGGAAAAUCAGUUUGGCAUCAAUUUCUUGCAUUUAGUGCUGGUGCACAUUUAUUAAUCAAUAUUCUUAUUACUGUGUUACUCUUGGUUGUAUCAAGUAAAUAUCCAGGGGGCGUAGCAAUGACACGUCUACAUCGCUUGGAGGCCGAAACACCCAAUGUGUUUGUGCAUAUAGCAAAUUUAGCUGCUCAAAGUGGGGUUUCGCGUUUCCUGCAAAUUCGAGACGAUUGGCACUAUUGCAAAAACGUCGUAAAUUAUGGCCCCGGGCAAACGCAACGUUAUACGCAUCUCAUGGUGGAAGCAAAAAACAAAAAUAAUAUACAACUAUGGUCUGAUCUGCAGGAAGAGUUUGAAAUUCUGGAGUUUGUCGAUUGUUUCAAUAACAUUGGCAUUCAAUACAGCUCAUUUGUGCCAAUUCGCAUCAAGACAAAGCCAUGUAUUGCCAUUUUAAAGAGACGAAAACUUCCGGCAAAUGCUAUCAGCAGCAAACAGAAGGCAAAAGACGAAAUAAAUUGAAGAGAAAAAAGGAGCUUGAAAAGCCGUUUGAAAGUCAACAACCUCAAAAGCAACAAACUUCUGUUGGUGGAUCCCACCGAAGCCACGAAUCUUCAGAAACGUUAAACCAGAGCAGGAACUGACGACGAAACAGUCGACAUGUCCGAUCAGCUGACGAAAGAAAUAAAUUUUCAAGAACUUCGCAAUCUUGCACUGGGUAAAGUGAAUCGAAAAACUAAGGCAACGAAACUGAAAAUUCGACAGCUAAUCGAACAGCAUUACCGCUCAAAGGGGCGUCAAAUUGAAAAUUCUGCAGAAAAAGUGGAGAAACGACCCAACAUUGGUGUCGCGCCUAGAACGCGCCAAUCGGUUAAAGCCAUUAUAAAACAAGAACGAAUUAAGGAAAUGAUUGAACAAAUCUCUACAAUGGACUUGACACGUAUUUGCGACCUAGAGCGAGUAUCAACCAAAGACUGUCUAAAACAGGUCAUCGAUAAACUGGAUGUUGAUGAUAAGACGAAAAGCAUAUCGUGAAAAUAUAUAAUAUGAAAACUAAAUUAUAUUAUUUAAU